GAAAAUCUGCCAGUGUUUAAUCAACAGAGAGCGAGAAAAGGUUGAAAGUAAAUUCCACGAGAAGAAAGUUAUGUUUUUCCUAUGAUUCGAGUGGCGUGAACCGAUAAAAGUACCCAAUAACGGAGUGUUUGCAGUGCUUUUUUGUUUUACCAGUUGGAAAGCAUGGCUAAUAGUAACAACGAUUCGGUUAAGCUUGAAAAGCACUUAAAACUCCUCAAGGAAGAGUACACAAAGUUGCAGAAAAAUUAUGCUGAGCUGGAACGAAAGUAUAGUAAGGCAGCUGCUUCUAGUGAGGACCAUGAGCUAGGUGAAUUCAGCAGCUUUGUCUCACGUCUUGUGAUGACCGUUGCAACCCUUUACGGACGUAAAACCUACUCGGAUAUUACAGUCAAACUGAAAGACAAAACCAUGCCAGCUCAUAAAUUCGUGCUGAAUGCUCGAAGUGAAGAGUGGCGCGAAGAGAUUCUAGCGGAGACAACCGAACUCGAUUGGUCUGACCUCGACGCCGAUGUUGGAUACGCUCUGCUCCGCUGGAUUUACACCGACGUCGUGGAUCUACAGCACGACUCAUUGGCACUGGACUUACUAAGAACAUCUCACCGUUUUAAAUUGCCUGGUUUAAUGGGACUUUGUGAGCGAGCUUUGGUUUCGUCGGUGUCAGUACGAUCGUGUGUUAGAUUUUACUGCGUGGCCGAAGAAGUUGGUGCUGCAAAUUUGCUAGAGUACUGUUCUGGGCUUAUCUCGACGCACUGGGACGAUCUAACGCCACAAGAUUUCGAGCACAUGUCCGGCCCAUUGCUAUACAAAAUGUUAAAAAGCAAAACAAAGUACCCGUUGCAUGCGGCCGUGAGAUUGCUUCGAGAGGACGUUGUCUUUCUCUGCCUAGUCGAGAAUGAUGGCUCGCUCUCUGAAAUCAUAAACAGCCUAUCUCCUCAAGGGCAGUUACCUCUAGGACUCGCACUCAUGGGGCGCAGUACGACGAUAGCUCAGACCCUCCUGGAAACCGGCGGUGCCGAUAUCAAUGCGUUUACUUCAGAUGAUUGUACACUACUGAUCGAUGCAAUCAAACGGGGCGACGGUUUCGCAGCGCAAUUCCUGCUUGACAAGGGCUGCAAUGUCGAUUUGGUUACUCGUGAUACGUCCGACACGGCCCUGCACUUGGUAUCUACAUAUGCCGAGAAGAGUACCGAUCCGGAAACGUAUCGUGACAUGUUGAGCGUUGGUAGACAACUCUUGAAGCAGCGUGCCGAUCCUAAUGUGCAGAACAUCAAGGGCUACACUCCUUUACACAUAGCCAUUACUUCACAACAUAUCGAUUUAAUUGACGAACUUCUCAGUGACUCUGUACUCAACCUAGAUACCAAUAUUCGUACGUUGGAGGAAAAAUGUGCCUUGCAGUUCGCCCUUAUGCCACCACAUACCGAUGGGUCACCUUUUGAUCUUGCGCGUCGCCUGUUGGAAAAGGGAGCUAGACCGAACCCUAUUCAUUCGGAUACCGGAGAUAGUCUACUACACACCUUGGCCAAACAAAGGCUCGAGGAAGCAGCGGUUUUUUUGACAGAGUACGCGAAUUUAAACCACAUAAAUAAGGCAGGACUGACAACUUUACAUGUAGCUGCCGGACAAGGGUUACCCGAAUUGGUGCGUGCUCUGCUAGAAAGGGGAGCCUCACCAAAUCUGCAAUCAGGUGUAGCCGAACUGAAAACAGCUCUACAUUAUGCUGUCGAAUCGAACAGUCAGGAGGUUAUAAAGGCAUUCAUCGAAUAUAAAAAUGCAUCGAAAGACGCUCACUCCGAGAUGGUAGAUUUUAAUUUGAAGAAUGCAUUCGGGGACUCACCCUUAAGUCUGGCACUAUCAUUAGGUUAUAAUGACAUAGUCCCAUUACUGAUACAAGGUGGCGCCGACGUGAAUGCCCGCAAUGGGCAGGAUAUGACAUUGUUGCACCAAGCAAUUCUAAAGGAAGACUCGAAAACAGCAGUGUUUUUACUCAAUCAAGGAGCCGAUAUGAAUGCAUUAACUGCCGACCAAGAAUCGCCACUACAGCUAGCAAUUCACUGUCGUCUGCCGGAUGUUGUUGACGCUCUGUGCAUUCGUGGGGUAUCCUUGAGUGCUCCUGAUAACAAGGGCGACUGUCCACUUUGGUCCGCAUUGGAAUCCGAUCAGUUUGACAUCGGUUCCGUACUGGUUCGACACGGUGUUGAUACCGACUGCUGGAGUUCAGGACCCGAAGGAUGUCUACAAACCUUGUUGCAUCGAGCGAUAGAUGAAAACAAGGAACAAGCUGCACAGUUUCUCAUCAAGAGUGGUUGUGAUUUAGACUCACCUCGACAACCCGGGCCACAAGGGCAAGGAGGAGACGAAGCCAAAGAUAAGGCUUCGCCAUUACAUUUGUGCUGUCAGUGGGGCUUACGAAACGUCCUUCAUACACUAAUCGAUCAUGGAGCUAAUGUGAACGCCGUUGAUUGUGACCUCAAAACUCCACUGCAUGUUGCAAUUGAGAAUCAACACGAAGAGAUAAUCAGCAUACUGUUGUGUCACCCUGGAAUAGAUCUGAAGAUUCGUGACAAAACAGGCAAUACGCCAUUCGCUGCAGCACUGCAGGUAAGGAAUAACAAGGCUGCACAAAACAUUCUCGAGAGACUUCCCAAUGCAGCAGAACAGAUGGACCAAAGAGGCCGUAACUUUUUGCAUUUGGCAAUCAUGAAAGACGAUCUUGAAUCGGUGCUUUUUCUUCUUUCAAUUCACGUUGAUGUCAAUUCACGGGUUCACGAUGUGAACCAGACACCCCCCCUACACCUAGCAGCCGCUUCAGACAAAGAAAUGUUGAUACGGAAUCUCAUAUUGGCUGGUGCACGAUUGAACGAUCGUGAUGCAACUCAGAAAACCGCUUUGCACGUGGCUUCCGAACGGGGAACGCUUGCUGCGGUUUCAGCAUUGCUGCAGAAUGGGGCGGAUUUUGAUGCGGUCGAUGGAGAUGGUAAUAACGCGCUCCACAUAGCAGUCCGUGAGGGUCACAUCUCUGUUGUCCGUGAAUUACUGACGGAAUCCGAAUUGAAUGCAGAAGCCGUAAAUUUGAAAGGUAGAAGCCCUCUUCAUGAGUUGUGCCGCUGCGGGAAAGACAAUACAGCAGCAGGAAUUUUGGAGCUGUUCCUGGAAUGUAUGCCAAGGUACCCCAUCAAUUCACCAGAUUUGCAAGGUAACACGCCACUUCUACUGGCCUACAUGAGAGGCCAGCCUCAGCUUUGUAGAAUCUUGGUCAAAAAUGGUGCCUGUCUGGGUGCGGAAAACAAGGAAGGUGUGACUAUCUUCAAUUACAAAUUGGCCACAAAUCAAUUGUUGCAUCGCUUGCUGGACGAGUUACCCCAAGAGUCACCGUGGGCUUCGUCGGAAUUGUGCCAAGAAUGUGGAACGAAAUUUACAAUGACAAUGAGAAAACAUCAUUGCCGUCACUGUGGACGUAUUUUGUGUAGCCGUUGUUCGAAUAACGAUGUCCCAAUAAUCAAAUUCGGGAUGAACAAACCAGUUCGGGUAUGUUGCGUGUGUUUCGAAGUGCUCCAAGUUGGCAUUGGAACGUAAGCCGGCUCCGAUGUAUGUGGUAUGAUUUUAUCAGAUAAAUUUAUUUACGUAAAGGCCGAGAUUUGAGAAAUCUUCAAUCAUAGUGAUGGAGUGACAGUUAUCUAUUGUAUUUACAUCUGCAGCAAACGAUAUUUAAUGCGCCAACAAUCAAUUGAAUUUCUAGUUGACUGGGUGAGAUUUUCUUAUUUUUCUCCAUCAACCUUUUCUUAGCCCAAUCAGUGCGAACUUAUCGCACUUGGAACACAUUUAUUCAAGUAUUUAUAAUUAUAAAAACCCAUGUAACUACAGGAACAUUCGAAGCACUAGAA